UGUAAUAGCUGAAUACUUCUGCAGAGCAGAGCGGUAGCUAUGUUGAGUCUCUGCUCCCAUCGAUGCAGGAAAAUUAUGACUACUUUUCACCGAUUUCCGUUUCUGCAGAGCCAAUGAGAACUAAACUGCGCGCUUUAAAGCUGCGCAGUCUGCGCUCAUCUGAACCCUUUCCGUCAAACCCAACGGACCGGACGCACCGCAGCUGGCGCAAAGUGAGAAACAAUUUCUGCAGAGGUCCCAGGAGUUACCUCACCUCCACCAUGACUGAUCGCUUCGACUGCUACUACUGUCGCGACAACCUGCACGGCAAGAAGUACGUGAAGAAGGACGAGAAGCACGUUUGCACCAAGUGCUUCGACAAACUCUGCGCCAACACCUGCGCAGAGUGCCGACGCCCAAUCGGAGCCGACUCAAAGGAGCUCCACCAUAAGAACCGCUACUGGCAUGAGGAUUGUUUCCGAUGUGCUAAAUGCUACAAGCCACUGGCCAAUGAGCCGUUCAGCGCCCGAGACGAUGGCAAGAUCAUGUGUGGGAAAUGCGGUUCCAGGGAGGACGGCAACCGCUGCCAGGGCUGCUACAAGGUGGUGAUGCCAGGGUCGCAGAACGUGGAGUAUAAGAACAAGGUGUGGCAUGACGAAUGCUUCACCUGCUUCGAGUGCAAGCAGCCAAUCCGCACGCAGAGCUUCCUGGCCAGAGGUGAUGACAUCUACUGCGCUCCGUGCCACGAGAAGAAGUUUGCCAAGAAAUGCUUCAAGUGCAAGCAGCCCAUCACCUCUGGAGGGAUCAGCUACCAGGACCAGCCCUGGCACUCGGAGUGCUUCGUGUGCGAGACGUGCCGUAAACCUCUGUCAGGAACGCGCUUCACCUCCCAUGAGGAUCACGUUUACUGUGUGGACUGCUACAAGACCGACGUGGCCAAGAAGUGCCACGGCUGCAAGAACCCAAUCACAGGGUUCGGCCACGGCACCAACGUGGUGAACUACGAGGGAUUCUCCUGGCACGAGUAUUGCUUCACCUGCAAAAAAUGCUCCCUGUCCCUCGCCAACAAGCGCUUCGUUAUCAACGCAGAGCAAAUUUACUGCCCCGACUGCGCCAAGAAGCUGUAAACACUUUGAUUCAUGAGGAAACCGAUUGGUAUGGAAGACAAUUAGGGCCACUGAAAAAAUGGUUUUUCUCAUAAUUCUGUGUCAAACUCAUUCUGAAUGUCAACUAUGUCAGCAUAUAAAAAAUAUUCUUGUUAUAAGAUUUAUAAAUCUGCACUUUAUCCACACUGAAAGCCUGCUUCAAAUUUAUUUGAUAGAUUUUAAUUUUAAGAUCGGAAUUGCAAAGACAAUUUGACAAUUUCGAACAAAUUUUCAACUUUUAGAGUGCAAGAAAUUUCUCAGUUUUUCUUCUAACACAUUUCUGAGGGAAUUGUUUUAAAAAAAAAAAGUCAGAAUAAUUUUUUUUGUGGCUCUAAUCUUCUGCAGCUUUGAGUUUAGAUUGUGACUCAAACUGAAUUAUUUCAGAAUUAGGAUGCAUGCAGUUUUUGUUUUUGUUGGUGAAUCAAGAUGAGACUCAAGUUUUCUGCCAUCUGCUUUUGCACUAAAGUUUCCAAUCUUCAGCAAUGCAACAUGUCUCAGUUUCUGGAGUUCAUCUCCAAUAUGGCAGCAGAAUUUACAAAGUGGGAUUAUAAUCUGAUGUUUUUAGGGAUUCUCUGUUGCCUUGUGUUUCUAACGUAACUUUAGUGCCUUAAAGGAAUCGUUUCUGGAUUAAAUGCUUUUAUUCUGCCAGUUGCUGCUCAAGCAUAACAGCUUUGAUUAAUAAUUAUGUUACAUGUUAGACAUAUAAAAUAUGCUGUGGGUUUGUGAUCCAUGCUGGAUAAUCUGACCAGGUAUUAGGACCAUUGUGGAUAAAAAAGGUGCCUUUCUGCCAAAAACUUAACUUUUCUAACAUUUUCUAGAAAAAACAAAAAAACGUUGACGUUUCUGAGUUUCAAAAUGAAAAAGACUUUAGAAACAAUGAAAAGCUUUUUGUAGAAAAUUUCUGAAAUUAAUUUCUAACUUUCAGUUUUUUCUUGAAAAUUUUCAACAUUUGGUGCUCAGAAAUUUCCAAGUUUCUUUUCUAGAAAAUUUCUGAUGAAUCUAAAAAUUGCUAUUUUUUUUAUAGCAAAUAUUUGACUUUUGGAGCUCAAGAAAUUUCUGAGAAUAAAAAAUUUUUUUGAAGGUUUUUGGCAAAAAUGUACUCUUUGCCCCUCCUCCAUUUAUAAAAGCCCUAACGCCAUCAUAGGAUAAUAAACCUGUUGCUUAGUUAAAACCUGAAGCUUAAAGGAAACAAAUAAAAGGAUGUAUAGAG